CGUUAGAUUAUACAUAGUAAUAAUAUAAUACACAUUACACAAACGUGUUUUUUAUCUACCAAAUCACCGAGUUGACUACUUCUAUUCAUUUGCUCGAUUCGUUUAUAAUUAACUUUUAUUUAGCCACUUAUUUUAAUAUUUUCUAAACAAAAAUGGCUCUCUGUGUUUGCAAAUGCCUUAAUGUAACAAUAAAUUGUGCUAAAGUAGAACAAAUAAGUGAUAUUGAAAGACGGGACCUAUCGUCGACCGAACAAAGAGAUAUUUUUUUCAAUGAGGUACAUAAAUUGAAUUUGAUUUCUUGCCAACUGAGUACUUUGGAGAGUACAAUCAUUCAACCAUCACUUAUUAGCAGCAGGCCUGCUGGGCAGUGGUCUUUAGAAUCAUGCUUGGCAUGCGGUGUGACAUUUGUGGCUAAACUUCAAGAGAAAGAUCUUGCCCUUAUUAACACAUCUUUACAGACUACUCAAGAGAACAUAAAUAACUUGAAGAAAUCAAGCAACUAUUCCCCUGUAUUUAACUUAUUGGUCCCAGAAUCAAAUAUUAGCAUAGACUUCAAAGAAAAUGUAGACACAAACAACAUACUGAGUAACAAGACCAGUUUAUCUUCAAUGGCAGCAGUUGGUUUACGAAAGCAGCUAAAUAAGUCUCUACAAAAUCAAUUAGAAACUAUUGAAGAAAUGGUCAGGCAAUACAAAGAGCAGAAGUAUGCAGAGUAUGAAGCAUACAGAGAACGAGCACAAAAGGAACACAAAAUUUUAAGCAGUAUAAUAAGCAAAGCACAAUCGAACGAAAGUGAAGCCUGGAACAGCAACGUGGUCAAUGGGCCUCCUUCACCCCUCGCUCCUCCCCUUCAGAGGAGAAGGCUUUCGUCUAUAAAAGACAGCAAAAAGUUCUCGCACAAUAUUAAGGCCAGAGCUCAAAUUCCUCAAGAAGAAGACUCCUUGGAUGCUGAGGACAUCUUCGACCUUGAAGGCAUGGACUCCCGCAACAUGGUGUCGGACUUUGAUGAUUAUGAUUCUGAUCCCGAGGGCAGCAACGACGAAGGCAUCCACAUCUCUCGGGGCCGCGCAGGCGCAGGCGCAGACGUAGCGCGCUCUUUGCCCGUCAACGUGCCCAACUUCCCCGAGAGGCACACGCAACUUGAUCUCGCCGAUUAUGAGGAGCCACAGGACAUAGCGGCCAGCAUCAAGGCAUUGGCUCGUUCGGUCCACGGCGACUUUUUCGAGUUGCCCAGACCGCGAUUUUCUACUCAAAUCUAGUGGCAUUCCGCCCACAGCUUCCCUUUAGAUAUUAUCUCGAUUUAAGCUCUGUGUCAUGAAUAUGAUCGCGGUCAACCAAACUGCUUCGAGUCUGCUGUUUAUAAUCUAUGAAAUGCCUGCAUUCGCGUUUAGCAUUUUGAGGCCAAAAGGCGUCUAGUCCAAAAACUUGAAUUCAUUGAAGAGGCUGGCAGAUUCGUGGCUUUUAGCUUUGUUCAUAAAUAGUUUGGCGUUUAACGAUUUAUAAUUAUUUACAACAAUACUAGUAAAACGGGCAGCCCAUAAUUGCAAAUAGCAGACGCGGCGUCGGAAGCUCAAAUCACGCUCAAACUUUAACCGGACAUAGUACAAAGUGAUAAGACUUCAAAAAUGAUCUCAAAAAUUUCUCGCUUUAAACCGGAAUCAUAUUUGUGUCACAUUUGACCUACUCCUGUGGAAAAUGAAGUCAAUAUAGUGUAACAGAGUGCUCGUAUACAUUGGUGCUUCGAUGUGAUCUGUGACCCUAACUCUGAUCUGUCAGUUGUCAAAUUGACGUCCUGCAUAGGGAUGUGACAAUAGUUCUAUAAUCUAUUGUUUGCACAUUAUUAUGCCGUUAAGAAAGUUUAAUUCAUAGCUUAUCUAGUUUUGCGAAUGAAAACAUGACUUUUUUUUAUUUUGCAUUUUAUACUUAACAUUUUGAAGUGUAUGCACUAAUUGAAAUGUAGUUUAUAAGCAUGAGGCUAUUAAAAUAGUACCAAAAACAUUUUUUCUUCAUAGUACAGUGUUAAUGAAUAACUCAAAAUUAAACUACAUAUUGUAAUCAAUAAUGAUAUAAAUCCGUUUAUAUAAGUGAAUGUGGUAAAAUAUUUAAUAAGGUUAAUUCACUAGUGUCUUACCAUGAGCGGUCAAGACAGGAUCCAAGAACAAGAAAAUAAAUAAUACCCGAUUUAGCUAUUGCAUUGUCUUAAUGUGUACCUUGCAACACUCGAGUAAUGUUAUAUCAGUCAGUUUUUAAUAGUCAUGGUAUCUCUCUGGUCUACAGUUGUACAAGAAUCUUUUGGCACUUGAAAAAUGUGUAAAUGUGUGUACUACACAGAUAUUAACAGAUGUUUGCUGUUUAGAAAUAUAUUUCAUCGUUCAAUGUGACAAAAAUACUUGUGAAACUGUAUUUUGUACUAUAAAAAUUAUAAAUUGAUGUAGUAGUAAUUUUUGGGUGAAAAUUAAAUGUUGAUGUGAUUUAAUUUUGUAAGUCAAUGUGUGAAUGAUUAUUGAGUGUUAUUUUGUUAUAUGGGCUUUUUGAAAAUGUGCUAAUAGUCAAGUUUUUCAAUUUACCUUUUUCGAAUAAAAAAUUGUAUGAUUGGUUUUCUUUAUACAGACGGAUAAACAUAGACAAAGACACUUGACACACGGUUUGGUACAUUUCCAAAAGCCCGCAAAUUAAUGAAUCAUAGUCAUCUGUUAAACAUCAAUUCAGAGUUUUCUAUUAGUUUAUCAUGUUAUCCUAGUGAUAAGUCAAAAUUGUAAAAAAAUGUUAUCCAUCAUUUACUAGUCUUUAGGGUCACUUUAAUAAAUUUGACAUUGCGUUUGAACUGAUAUUGUAAAUAAGAUUUCCUGAAUGUAUGGUCUAAAAUUAUACCCCAUAUUUUUAUAUCCACUAUUUUGAAUGGUAAACAGCAAGGUACUGAGGAGUGGGCAGAAGAGUGUUUAGUUAAGAAUAUUAUUUGAUACAAAGGUAUAUUUUAGUAAGUGUAAUCGUUUAUUCUGUAGUUUGUGGUCAGUGUCUUCCAACACUGUUUAUAUGUUUGUGUUUAGCGUAAGUGAUAUGUCGAUUCAAUAGUUUUUUUAUGUUUUGGUGUGACGACAACGAGAAGGAACUUGAUUGUAAUGGAUUACUGAUUUAUGGAAUAAAAAUGGAAAAUGC